AUGGCGCCUUCCCAACGUGCCACGGGCUCCAAGCCCAGCCCCGAGCAAGGGAAGGCAAAGACCCGGCGCAGCAAACGAACAGUCACUCUAGAAAAGCAGCAAAAAGAGGAAUUAUUGAAAAGAAUCUCUCGACUCGAAUUCCAACAGGCAUUCGGCGACGAAAAAGCCGAACACGACGCCACCAAGGCCAUUGCUAGCAGAUUGAGGCUAGAGCACAAUGAUCUAGUCACACGAUUGGACGAGGCCGAGACUGCCGUCGCCAAUGCAGAGUCUCGCGCCUGGAAAAGCGAAAGAGAAAUCAUCAAGCUACAAGAGUCCCUUUCCGAGUCGAAAAUGGGUGCCCAGAACAAUGAAGCAUGGAUGGAGCUUAUGGCGGAGGAAAAUCAGCAACUGGAAGUGACCAAUACGAGGAUAGUGGCCAGGAAUAUCAGACGAGAGGGUGAGCUCAUCCAGGAAAUUGAACUGAUGGAGGAGCGAGCACAGAGCCUGGAACAGUCGCUCACUAUAGCCUACAAGGAUGUGGAAGAGUAUGGUGUCCUGUUUCAGAAAAAUACAGAAGACUGGGCAGAGUUGGUGAAUUUCUUGAAUAAGCACAAGUCUGAGGAUGGUGAGAGGAUUCAGAAGCUGCGGCGUUCGGUCAUGGAAUACUCCAAUGCCAUGGAGGGCGUUCACGACGAGGUCAACAAACUCAUUCAAGCCGCAGAAGUUAGAAUCGCACGCAACAGGCUUCGCCGGGAUAAAGCCGUAAGUAAAGCUGAUCCAAGAAGUGUUCAAUGGGAUAGUCAGAUCUCGCGAUCUGGUUAUCAUGCGUCAUCUGAAGAGAACAUCCGUGGCUCUUUACCUCUCCUCGGGAGUCCUGACUCAGACAGCGACUCGUUGCCUGGCACAGGGGAGUUCGUGGAUGAGGCCAUGCCAUGCGAUGCACGAUAUGAAUACAACGGGCCUUAUAUUAGCCUCCACCGGAUUGAAAGUGACACUACCGGGCUGAUGUCUUCCAGUGGUACGUAUAUAGAGCCCGCCAAACAUGGGCUACAGUCACUGGAUGCACUAGCGCCAUUAGUGGACGACGGCCAAUGCGGCUUCGCAGUGUUCGAUGUCAACGGAACUUGUCGUGGCUGCGAAUCAACCCUCAGCGACAGCUUCGAUUCCGACUCGGACACCAAAUACGACCGGGAUCAAGAACGCAUGUUUGGGUCUUUCUUGCAACAUUGGACAGGGGACAGUUCUAUCAGCCAGGCCUGGGAACGGCAUCCAUACAACGGCCAGGGUCGCCUGAAAUCCUGGGAUCAGAUCACCAAUGAUAGUUCUUCACCCGAAGGUACCGAUAUCGACAGUUACAUGGGUGUCAGAUGGUCGAUUCCAAGCGUACCAGAGCCAACAAGUCUUUCGAAUUCACAUUUAUCGAACCUGAGCUUCGAGUCUUGGAAAUUUCUAAAAGAGCCCAGUGGGCUUGUCCAAGAGCGAACAGAGAUCGAUAGGCCAAGGGUUAAGUCGUUGCCUGUCUACUUUGAGCAUUUGCCAAACGGCUAUACGCCACCUUUGAAGACGUCCCGAAAGCGCGUUCGAUUUUCUCCGCCGUCAUCUAACCCGAAUUGCGAUGUCGAUGACGAAUCUAGUGUGAAUUCGGAACAAGACGAAUCCAUUCCGAACCAAGAUCUGUCCACAGACAGCUCUUACCUUAACGUGGUGCCUAGUAGUGGACCGACGGAUUGUGAAGUUCCGCAGAGUGCACUCAACACUUGGAUCGUGGAUGAUGGACAUGAUCAGGCUUCCACCCUCAGCGUGGAUCAUCGGCAGGGCAAUCCGAUCAUCAACGAAUCCGACUCAAGAGGGAUUCAAACUGAGGAUACUCCGCUGCUGGAGCGUCCGGAUAACCUGGCUGCCUCGUUGAAGGCGUUAAUGAUGGCGCCAAUGGGACCGCUUGACCCUGGAGGGAAGCUGCGAUCAUUGUCCGUGGGUGAUCUGCCACGGGUACCAGCAACAGGAGGAACUUCGGCCUUUGAGCGCAUGCCAGGGUCGUGGCCGCGCGAGGCUAUUUCCUAUGCAGACAUAAGCCCCGAGAUUGCCUCGGAGAUAGCCAAUGCAGCCUUGCGAGGGUUUAGGGCGUCGAUGGAGAAUGUUCUCCCGGUCGGUAUGAAGUUAUUGAACUUUUUGAACCCCUCUCAUCCCCGUUGCAUCGUCUAUCCGGGCCUAAUGGCGCUAUGGGUGUGGCAGACGUAUGAACAAUACGUGGAGUGGCAGCGAUGGGAGAGGGCCCACGAGCGGUACAUGGUGCAGCGGUUGCGCAACCAGUACGCGUUGCAAGUAGGCUGGGUGGACUCGAUGGGAUUUAGCUUGGCCCAGUGGUUAGCGUUCGACCGGUCGUCUUUCGGGUAA